AUGUUUGUGAAUAAGUCUUUGACUACUAUGUCUGAAAUUGUGGAUCAAUCUAUUGCAAAUGAAUUGGAAUUUGAAAAAAGUUCGGAAGCAAGUCAGAAAAAUUUAUUGAAAAUGGGAAAACGAGAUGCAAUGUUUGACACUGUAAUGCAGUCCGUUGGAAAUAAUGGACCAUUUCAGAAAAGAUUCAAUUAUUUGUACAAUCUAAUAUUUGCAAUUGUAGCAGCCAUGCCUUGUAUGAAUAUUAUUUUGGCCUUAUCUGUACCAGAUCACUGGUGUCAUGUUCCCGGAAGAGAAUUUACAAAUUAUACUAUAGACGAAUGGAAGAAUCUCACUUUACCAAAAGAAAUCAAUAAUAAAGGUAUAGAAGCUCCAAGUUCCUGUAAAAUGUACAAUAUCACAGAUGCUAGUGACCUCCAUCUGGAUUAUAAUUAUUCAAUAACAAAGUGCAUUUACGGCUAUGAAUAUGAUACCAGGUGGUAUGAGCUCACGAUACCUUCUCAAGAAGAUUGGGUUUGCGACAAAGCUCUUCGAGUCACCAACAUGUUUGUGGUUGCUAGAAUUGGCGAUAUGUUGGGCGCAUUGAUUUUUGGACAAAUGGGCGAUUACAUAGGCCGAAAGCCCGUAUUCUUCAUCAGUUUGAUAAUUCUUAUCGUCGGCAAAACGAUGCAACUAUUUCUAACGAGCUGGUAUUACCUAUAUAUGCUUGGAAACUUGAUUGCUGCUCUUACUCCUAUGGCCAUGUAUCAAACUGUAUUAAUUAUAGGAAUGGAAAUUUCAUCUAUGUAA